AUGAUUGUUCGAUCACUUGAUGUGAAUAAAACUCCGUUUCGACCUCCAAAUGAGAAUGAAGAACUUCUUGGUCGUGAAGUACCAUAUCUCAGUGCCAUGGGAGCACUUAUGUAUCUUGCUAACACAACAGAACCUGAUAUAAUAUUUUCUGUUAAUUUGCUAGUAAGGUAUAGUUCUUCCCUGAUGCGAAAACAUUGGAAAUGUGUCAAACAUAUUCUGCGAUAUCUAAAGGGGACUGUUGAUAUGGGUCUGUUUUAUACUAACAAAUAUUGUGUAGACCUUGUUGGUUAUGUAGAUGCAAGUUAUUUAUCAGACCCACAUGCAACUCGAUCUCAAAAAGGCUAUCUGUUCACAUAUGGAGGAAUUGCUAUAUCAUGA